AUGUCUGAGACACCCGGUUUCGCCCUCCGCCUAGAGCAGGAAUCAGUCUUAAUAGACCAUCCGGAUAUGCAACUCGUCCUUGUUGAAACCCCACCGCCCUUUCACCAUGUCCAUCAACCCCAAACUGCAGGAAGCACAAGUCCUACUCCUACCACGCCGCCGGCUCAGCCAGCCACUCACCCCCAAGGUCCAUCAAUCACGAAUCCAACGGUUGCCACAAGACAGCGUAGGGCGUAUAACCGCCGCAUCCCAUCCAAGCAAGCUGUGGGAUACGAGGAGAGUGAAGUUGUGGCCAGACAAUGCUACGAUAGAUUGCUGAAAUGGCACGUAUUGUGCAACUUCAGCCUGAAAAAUAUCAAUCCAGUCAUCCUCAAUGGGUAUCCCGAUGCAGCAGCGCCGCCCCCAGCGCCCUACACACGAAAGCGUUGA